GUUCCACAUGACAACAAGAGCAAGGCGGCUUUUGGGAGACACACACUCACUCUCACCGCUUCUCACUUUGUUGUUCCUCUCGCCUCUCCCAGCAGAACACCAUGGCCACUGCAGCCACCGCCAGCACCCCUGCCAUGGCCACCCCCCCGAGGCGCCCCCUACAGUGCCGGUGACAAAGGUGGUGGUACAUCCUCUGGUGUUGCUCAGCGUGGUGGAUCACUUCACCCGUAUGACAAAGAUCGGGUCAACGCGGCGAGUGGUUGGCGUCCUUCUUGGCUCAUGGAGGGGCCGGGGAGUCCUUGAUGUCUCCAACUCCUAUGCUGUUCCGUUUGAUGAGGAUGAGAAGGACAAAUCAGUUUGGUUCCUGGACCACGACUACUUAGAGAACAAGUAUAAUAUGUUCAAAAAGGUGAACGCCAGAGAGAAGAUCGUUGGCUGGUACCACACCGGCCCCAAACUGUACCAGAACGACAUUGCCAUAAAUGACCUGGUCCGCCGCCACUGUGGAACCUCUGUGCUGGUUAUCAUCGAUGCCCACGCCUCCAACAUUGGCCUGCCCACUGAGGCUUACUAUAGCGUGGAGGAGGUACAUGAUGACGGGACCCCAACCACAAAAACCUUCGAGCACGUAGCCAGCGAGAUCGGGGCGGAGGAAGCGGAGGAGGUGGGAGUGGAGCAUCUACUGAGGGACAUCAAGGACACAGUGGUGGGAUCCCUGGGCCAGCGGAUCACCACACAGCUGCUGGGUCUGAGAGGUCUACACAAGCAGCUGAGUGAAGUGGCCAAUUAUCUCCAGCAGGUGGUGGCCGGGACGCUGCCAGUCAACCAUACUAUUGUUUAUCAUUUGCAGGACAUGUUCAACCUCCUCCCGGACGUCACCAACCCAGCACUCAUCAAGUCCCUCUACGUCAAGACCAACGACCAGAUGCUUGUCGUGUACCUGGCCUCCCUCAUCCGGUCCAUCAUUGCCCUUCACAACCUCAUCAAUAACAAGUUGGCUAACACUGAUGCUGAGAAGAAGGAAGGGAAGGAGAAGGAGAAGAAGGAUGGAGAUAAGGACGGCAAGAAGGAGGACAAGGACAAGGAGGAGAAGGAGAAAGACAAGAAGGAUGAGAAGAAAUAGUUUGGGGUGUGGGUUUGUUUGUGUAUGUGUGAGAGAGACUGUGUGUGUGUGUGUGUGUGUGUGUGUGUGUGUGUGUGUGUGUGUGUGUGUGUGAGAACUAAUACAAUAACUAUAUAUAGCAAAACAUGUGCAAACAAUAAAAGAAAUACAAAAAAAACAAGGUAUGCAUUUCUUGUGCAGGAAGGAAAGAGAAAGAAAAGCAAUAUAAAGAGGGCAAUUUUCUUCUUUUCUAAGUCUGAGGUUAAAUACAAGAAUUAGUUAAGUUAGGAAGGAGAGAAGUUCUAUUUACUAAUGUGGGAUGUUUACUAGUAAAAUCAUUCUGAA